AUCGAAUUCCUUCACCGCCACACCCCACCAAGAAAAGUCCACUUUACCUCAUUCCUAACCCCAACCCCCGCCUCGCCCGCCCGAUUCCCCGCCGCCGCCGCCGCCGCCGCCGCGGAGCUCGCCGGAGAAGCGGCACUCGCAGAGGAGUGGCCCGCCAUGGGGCCGCCGCAGCAGGCCAGGGGCGGCGGCAUCGACAUCGAGGCGUGCGCGCGCCCGAUCGCCGUCGACCACCGCAUCAAGCUCCCCUACUACUUCCGCAUCGCCGGGAACCUCCUCCGCCAGGCUAAGAUAUAUCGAGACGAGAAUAAUCUCGUCGACCUGUAUGUCAUCCUCCUGCGUUACUCGAGCUUGGUUUGCGAGACGAUUCCAAAGCACCGUGACUACCAUACAUUCAAGUUGAGAGAAGUGGAUUUCUUCAGGCUUGCUCCACAUAAUCAAUCUAAACUAAUUGAAGUGCUCAGUGAGCUUGAGUCACUGAAGCCAGUUGUGCAGCGGCAAAUCACUGAGCAUAACAGAGCAAGAGGAGGUGCCAUCGAAUCCAAUAGUAUAAAUGGAACCAUUGCUGUAAAUAAUAUAACAAAACAGCAUAUGACAAAUCCUUAUACAUAUCAGCCAUUUGUAGGAAGCAACAAUGGAUCAUUUGAAAGACCUGUCCCUGGUGGGAAUCAUCAAAUGGCACCAUUAAUGAGUGCUCAACCUGAUAGACUGACCCGCAAACAACUUGCAAAUCUCCCUUUCCCUAAAGAAGAAACAUUAGCUAGACACUCUAUAUUGGGACCUAAUGGGCUUCAUGGGCAAUGGACUGGGCCUGUUACUGCAAUCAAGGUUCAGUAUCCAAGCAAUCUUGAUAUAAUAAAAAGCGAUGUGUCUAGUUUAUUUCCAUCUGUCUUGAACCAAGAUGGUCAGAAUGGUCCCAGUACAAUAUCCACAGAUAGCACUCAAAUUGAGAAUGAUGAUAUGAAAUCUGUUCUGUCCCUUGAUGAUGGUCGAUGGUCUAAGCUGGCAGAGGAAUGCGCCUCUGUACCUUCUGUUAGUCUGGAAGAAGAAUUAUCCCAAUUGAGUAUCAAACAGCCUUCACCUCCUCCAGUCUUGGCAGAGUUAGAGCGCAGGCCAAUUGCUCCAUCAGAAGUUGCAGAUCCAACACCAGGACUUGCUGUCUCAGAAACCGGGCGUUAUCAGAACUUACAUGUUCCGGUAAAGUUGAUGGAAUGUUUUCUAAGGGUUGCUGAGGCAAACACUAAGAGAAGUUUAGAAACAUGUGGAGUUCUUGCUGGUACCCUGAAAAAGAGAACCUUUUAUGUGACUGCCUUGAUAAUUCCAAAGCAGAAAUCUACAUCUGAUUCAUGUGAAGCGACAAAUGAAGAUGAAUUAUUUGAUGUUCAGGACAAGGGCUCGCUUUUCACUCUUGGUUGGAUUCACACACAUCCAACACAGUCCUGCUUCCUGUCUUCCAUUGAUCUCCAUAAUCAUUAUUCUUAUCAGGUGAUGUUACCUGAAGCAAUUGCAAUAGUUAUGGCACCUACUGACACAAGAAGAAAACAUGGUAUAUUUCAUCUCUCUGAUCCUGGCGGUAUGGGUGUGAUCCAUGAUUGCCCGGAGAGAGGAUUCCAUCCUCAUAAGGCCCCUCUAGAUGGUUCACCAAUUUAUGAGCAUUGCUCCCAUGUGUAUAUGAACCCCGAUGUAAAGUUUGAUGUGAUUGACCUUCGAUAAUGGUGAGAACUCCAUCCGCGAAAGACUGGCAGCUGAACAAGUUGGCUGCCUUUAUUUUUUUAACUGUGCUGAAGAAUCUCGAAUACCGAUGUAAGUGAUUGUACAUAGCUAUUUGCAUGUAUAGAGUUCCGUUGAAAUGAAUAUCUUCGGUAUCUAUGGGGAAUUUAUGAAUUUAUUGUAUUUCAUUAUACUCACUUAGCUCUCAAGAUAUACGCUUGUAAGACGAGGUGGAAAUGUUCAAUCUCAUUUUUAUGCCAAGUCAAUUGUUGUACAUUUGAACACUCA